AUGUCGGCAAUUUUCCCGUCUCUCUACACGACGACUCCGGUAGUUGACGAUGCCAACGGAGUCAGCAGCGCAGCAGGAGAAGAGUCUACUGGUAGAACUUCUGGAGCAGGUGGGCUACAUAUGUCAGGCCCGCUCGAUGAAUGUUGUGAACAACAGGACGUGGAGACAACCAGAAUAGAUUGUUCACCACCUACUUCGAGCUGCUCUUUUUCUCCACGCUUCCCCGUAGCUCAAACCAGGCAAUCGGGACCUCUACAACAGCACGAUUUGAACAACGUGGUUGUAACCCAGAUAAAGUCUUAUGUCUUGGACGGUCGUUAACAUACAGAAGGGUGAAUUUGCAGUGAAUUUGUAUUGCGUGGCAUGAUGCAUGAAUUAGAGGGCAUAUGAAGAGCGCGAGAAGGACACCAGGCAGUCAGCGUUCCGUGUAAGUAGUUGAAAGGCUGUCACUUGCCUGGUGCCACUUGGAUGGUGACGCUCACUGUCAGAGCCUAAAGUAGAGACGCACGUCUUUGCAGCUGCCUGGUGCGACGUUGCCAAGAAGUAAAGGCGGCCUCUGGCGGUCUCACAAUACAACACUGCCUCUGCGGAGUUCAUAGUGGGUCGAGAGGGAGGGGGCCGAGGGCAAACUUUAGCGCAGAAAAGUGCUCAAGGAAGUCCGCAAAUAGGCCCUGGGAAGUGGGGCCGAGGGGAAAAGGCAAGCGCCCUCUGCUGCCCCCCUCAGCCCUUUUAUAUUCUGCCGAAAAGGCCGGGAGAGCUCACGCGCCUGCCGGAUAGACGCGUCAGAGCUCUUGGCCUGGUCCUUUUGCCCUUGCUUUCGCGCCUUCUUGCCUGAUUGCAUGUGCUUCGCAGCACUGUCCUUUUGGCGUCUUUGCCGCGGCUGCUGCAGUGCUCUUAUACGGGCACAGGGAGAUGACGAAUAGACAUGGCCAAAGAACGGCACCCAGGCCAUGUCUAGAAGUUGCCCGCCGCAUAAGCCUUGACUUUUGCGGUGUGCAGAGCCCACUACUUCCCAGAAGGCCAAGAGGGACAAUGUCCCGGCGGACUCAUCUGCAAUUUGUCAUGCAAAAUUCACUACAAAUUCACCACUUCUCAUGCUAACGGGUGUUAAAGCUCUAGAUAAAGGCCGAAGCUCAAACGCGGUCGGAGGUCCUACAACAACACCAUUUGAACAACGUGGUUGUAACCCACAUAAAAAAGUCCGAAGAUACGACCAGCUGCACUACAACUUCCACCUCGUCCACUGCUCUACUCCGCCGUCCUCCUCCCUCCUGCGUGGACUCCACCCCGAUCGAAUGCUGCCAGCCGUUUCUGAGUGCGCUACCCGACGCAAUUCUCGCGAAAAUCCCCUCCUCUCCCAUCAUGAACCGCCGGCAGUCCGUAUUGAGAGGAAAAAUCCCCCCUCCCCAUAUCGAAAAGGUAUCUUUCCGAAGAUUUGUGUUGCUGAUUUGAGGUCACAAAUCACAUUUCUCUUGCAAGAAGGCAAGGGCAGAAGCUUCCGCCCCAUUAUGGAAGCGAUUUGCCAUGUUGUUGGGCCUAAAGGUCAGCCGUUUGCAAUGCUGAACAACUAGGCCCAUACGCCCCUACCUAGCCUGGGGAUCUGCUCGGUAUGCCUUCCUGCAAUACAAAUCGGAUUUGUGUACGCAAAUCCAGCAUCACAGAUUUCCUUUUUGAUAUGGGGAGGGGGGAUUUUUCCCUUUCAUAGUCCGCCUUCGACGCCGGGGGAUUAUUCUCGAGUCGCCCGAAGUGGAAGAAUCCCGAUCUAGUCCGCGCACGGGUCCGGUUCCUGUUGCAGGUGCGGAGCUUGCAGCACCGGCUGUUUUUCGAUUGCGAAGAAGGUGGAUCUUCUUCUUCGCUAGGAGUUGUACUAGGCGGGCCACAGCAUUUUGGUCAACAUGGAGGACAAGAGCUGCAAGAGGAGUGUAACGUUUUUCUCGGAACGGGAACACCAAACACAGCAGGCGCAACUGCUUCAUCAUCAUCAUCAUCCGCGAGUGGUUCUUCUUGUGGUGCUACUUUGUCAACGCUAAAUGCGAGGAGUUCUUCUUCUUCUACUUCUCCGCCACGACUCGGUGCAUUGCCCGCCGAACUACUCCAUAUUGGGAAAAAUUUUUGCGAAAACACGACGGGUGGGGGUGCAGCGACAGGAACAGCCACGAACUCUACAACACCUCCAACAACAGGAGCUGGUGCAGGAAUUGUUCCCUUAUCGACGGCGCAUCAGCAUCACCCGGUGGAGCUCUUGCCCAGGUUGGACGAAAUAUACCACCAAGAAUUUUUCGCGGACGAGGGAUCGCUCGCGAGUAUACCGGGCAAGCUAGUGACAACGGCUGCAUCUUCGAGCAGUAGAACAAACGCAAUGCACAACUUACCAGCGACUACCGCGGAUCCUCAGCAGGAUCAUUUCUUUCUCCUCUCACCGAAGGGUUAUGGUUGGGGUACUAGUAGUGCAACUACUGCGCCGGGCACUAGUACGCCCCGGCUGUACAACAACGCAAUACUAGGCGGACCAGGAACCUCUAGUGCAGCGGUCGGCGUCUGUAUCGACAAGCACAACCACUGCAUGAGCAGCAGUUCUACUUAUGCAGCCACGACUUGGUCCUCCGGAACAUCAAGCGGAAGCCGAGCAACGACAGCGACGUUGUCCGUGUCGUCCCGCACCUCCUCCCCGCGGUCCAAGCGCACCUGCUCCAUGCGGACGAAUAGCUUCGGGUCAAACCUCGAUGAGCUGGAGAAUUCGCCGACGGUGCAAAAAUGGAUCGAGAUCGAGAGCAUUGAGAAGCAGAUUUUUGAGUCCGACUUGCUGGCGCUGAUCUUGGAAUUUCUCUUACUCCCCACCAGCUUUAUCCGGCUGUCGAAGGUCUCCAAGUCCUUCCAGCACUACGCGAAUUUGCUAAUCCGGGGGAAGAUGCCAGCGAAAAACUGCAUUUUCACCAUGGACCGCACCGGGUUCUUCGUUUCGGAUAGAAACUUGAACAAUCUGCGAGACGUGUGGGAGAAAUCGAAGUAUGCGAAAAUGAUCGGGAAAAACGCACGGUUGGUGAAGAAAAUCCCGGAAGAGGAGGGGAGAAAAAUCUGGGAAAAACAGAAGAGGAUAUACCUAGCAGCUGCGUUGAAUAGUAGUAGUUCAUCGACCACGGGUUGUAGUUCUUUCACUAGCUGCUUCAGUAGGGAUUUGCUCCGGAAAAGACGGAGGAGAGCGUCUUCCAGUUUUUACGAAGAGGAAGACUUUGUUUCAAAGAACAACAAAAAUCCAAUAGCUUUUCCCAGCGGCUGCGGCAAUAGUUCUGGAUGCAGUAGUUGUGUGGUCGACGUGAGCGACAGAAGUAGUGCGGGCAAAAUCGGCGUCGAGAAGAUCCCCGUGACGGCAUCAUUCGCACAACGUCAUGGAGAUCAACAUGCUGACGCCUCGGCAUUCUUCACACGACCGUCAACAUCCCAGAGCAAAGAUGAACUACAGGUGGAGUACAACCUCGUCAAGGACCAAGAACCUCACGCGCAGCAGGAAAUUUUGGCGGAUUCUAGAGCUACUUCUACCUCUUUCCCUCUCUGCGCCCCCAACCAAACAACAAAACCCACCACUUCCUACGACGCGGAGGAGGCGGAAGCGCGGAAGUUUUACGAAAGAAUUUUCGACGCGGAGACGUCCACCGUGGAUCCCAAACUGCUCGGCAAGGUGCUGUUUCAGUGCGAAAUCCAGCUGAAUACCACUUUCAUCCCUGUGGGCAGGUUCCAGAACCACACCUGGCGCCAGAACGUGGUGUUCGUGCUGGUCGAUUUUACCGACCUGGUGCUGGUCCUCGCGCCCCAUCAGCUCACGCAGGUGUGUAGUAGCAGUAGUGGUGGUGGUGGUCAAGGUUCUUGCGCUGAAAUGUCAAAUAGCAGUUCUUCUGCAGGCGGAUCAAGUAGCAGCUCAUCAUCUUCUGCGAGCAAAAGUUGGGUGGAUCAGAACUUCGGACGACGGGCGUUUGUCACAGUGAGUGAUUUCUACCACUCGGAAUUGGAUGGGAAGUACUGGUGACAUAGUGUAGUUCCGAUGGAAACUACAUGGAGCAACACAAGUUGAGGAGCAGCUGUGGAAGCGAAAUGUAAAUCAAAUGUGCUAUCAUGUGUCUAGUACUUCUUCUUCUACUUCGAUGUCCACGGUAAGCGCGAACUUCUUACUAAUGUGAAGGAUUGGAUGAAUCUGCAAUAAAUCGACCGACGUACAGUUCUUAAAGAAGCGACUCGAUUCGGAAAAAUGGUUUGUUCCCCUUGCUUAACUGUGUCGUGAUUUUCUGCCAAAUUUAAUACAGGAAAAUGAAAAAGACCGCUGGUAU